AUGAACGCACCAGGCUCAAUGCGAAGGCCUGGUGGCACUCGCGGUACAAAGCUCAAGCCACCAAAAAAGAUUGGUCUGGAUGUCUCCAUCCAAGACAUGUGGCUCAGGCUCGUACACGCCAUCUCCCAGAUCCAGAAUCACAACAUCUCCAAACUCAGCUACGAGGAGCACUACCGAUAUGCCUACAACCUCGUCCUGUAUCAGCAGGGAGACAUGCUCUAUCAUGGCGUCAAGAAGCAGGUCCAGCAGCAUCUCGACAAACUCUGUCGAGAAAAUAUCAUCCCCGCCUUCCCGCCGGGCGGCGCCGCCUCGGUCUCGGCAGGCAUCAUCCUCCCCGAAUCGCUUCUACACCAGUCCCGAGCCUCGUCCUCGUCUCGCACAAAUGCUGACCUACCCACCAGUAGCCCCAGCAAGGGCAAAGCAAGGGCGACCGAUUCUGACCUAGACUCGUUUGCCCAAGCCGACACCCAAGCCUCUUCCACCUCGGCAGCCGCCGCAGCCGCCUCAAUGUCGGCCACUCAAGCAGGUGAUCGCGCCGAUGCUGUCGCGCGCAUUCAAGCAGGGGAACGUCUAAUGACUGCUAUCCGAGACACAUGGCUCGACCAUCGCAGCUGCAUGUCCAAGCUUUCCGAGGUCCUCAAGUACGUCGAUCGCGUCUACGUAGAGGACCACAAGGUCCCCUCCAUCAACCGCCUCGGUCUCGAGAUCUUUCGCGAUUCGGUCAUCCGAUCAUCAACGUAUCCCAUCCAGAUCUACCUCUACAGCACUCUCCUCACUCACAUUCAGAUCGAGCGCGAAGGGUCCGCCAUCAGCCGCUCCCUCGUCAAGUCCAACGUAGACAUGCUCUCCGACCUCACACAGCACAAGCCUGGCUCGCCCGUCAACCAGGAUCCCUCGGUCUACUCGACCGACUUUGAACCUGCCUUCCUCCAGACUUCUGCCGCCUUCUACUCGGCCGAAGCUGAACGCUGGCUCGACGCGGGAGACGCUGCCAAGUACCUGGCCCACGUAGCGAGAAGAUUGCAGGAAGAAGCAGAUCGUGUUUCGGUCUAUCUCAAGCCGGAGACUCACAAGCCGCUCCAGCAUCUCCUCGAAAAGAACUUCCUUGCAAAGCAUCAGUCUACCAUCAUCAACAUGCCCGGCUCCGGCCUGGUCGCCAUGCUCGACGAGGAUCGCAAGGACGAUCUCGGUCGACUGUAUACACUCUUCAAUAAGGUCUCUGGCGCUCCUCAGACCCUGCGUCUCGGACUCAAGAGCUACAUCGCCGCCAAGGGCAAACUCAUCAACGAUGCCGUCACCAGUCAAACCAACCAGCAAGCGCCAUCUACUGACCGCCCCGAUGGUCAGGAUGACGCAUCGGCAGCUGCAGCCAAAGCCAAAGCCAGGGCCGGUGCCGAAACUGACGCGUCCACACCCCAGGCUGCCACUGCCAUCCGAUGGGUCGAAGAUGUGCUCGAGUUCAAGAACAAGUUCGACUCUAUCCUCGAAAUCGCCUUUGUCAAUGAUACCGGGUGCGAGACCGCCAUCAACGAAGCCUUCGAGUCUUUCAUCAACACCAACAAGCGCGCACCCGAAUUCAUCUCCUUGUUCAUCGACGAGAACCUCAAAAAGGGUCUCAAAGGGAAAACGGAGGCCGAGGUCGAGGAUAUCUUGCGCAAGACCAUCUCGGUCUUCCGCUUCCUCCACGAGAAGGACACCUUUGAGCGCUACUACAAGCAGCAUCUCGCCAAACGUCUGCUCCAAGGCCGAAGCGUUUCGGACGAUGCCGAGCGCGGCAUGAUGGCCAAGCUCAAGGUCGAGAGCGGACACGGCUACGUCGCCAAGCUGCAAGGCAUGCUCAACGAUAUGAAGACCAGCGAGGAGACCAUGGACGACUUUAACCGGACCAUCAAGAACUCGCACCGUUCUAUGCCGUUUGCGUUAUCCGUCAACGUGCUCACCAGCACCAACUGGCCUAUUUCGGCACAAGCGCCGAGCUGCACCAUGCCGGACACCUUGAUGGAAGCCAGACGAAGGUUCGAAGAGUUUUACCAGAGCAAACACAACGGUCGAGUACUGACGUGGCAUGCCAAUCUGGGAAACGCCGACGUCAAGGUCGCGUUCAAGUCUCGAACGCACGAGAUCAACCUAUCGACGUUUGCGCUCGUCGUCUUGCUCAUGUUCGACAACGCAGACGAUGGAGAGCAGACGCUUUCGUACGCAGACAUUGCAAGGUCGACCAACAUCCCCGACUUGGACCUGCAGCGAACCUUGCAGUCGUUGGCAUGUGCGAAAUUCCGCAUCCUCACCAAGAAUCCGAAGGGACAAGAAAUUGGCAAGGACGACACCUUCACCUUCAACUCGGGCUUUACGUGUCCCUUGGCUCGGUUCAAGAUCCAGCAGAUUGCAGCUAGGGUUGAGACGGCCAAGGAGAGGAAGGCGACAAAUGAAAAGGUGGAGGAGGAGCGGACGUUUUUGGUGGAAGCGUGCAUCGUGAGGAUCAUGAAGAACCGCAAGCAGUUGAGUCACAACGAGUUGGUGGCGGAAACCAUCAGUCAGUUGACCAACAGGUUUCAGCCGGGCGUGGGCAUGAUCAAGAAGAGGAUAGAGAGUUUGAUCGAGAGAGAGUAUCUCGAGAGGAGCGAGGGCGAGAGGGGUAUGUACAAUUAUCUGGCAUGA